UUUGGUGUUGAGUGGAAACGCCAACCGGAUGCUUCACAUUUAUAUAUACGGUGAAAUAUCUACCUCGUUUGUACCAUCUGUGUGUACUGUGGUUCGACCUUCUGCAGUCGAAAGACCCGGGCUUCAAUCAAAUUUGACCGACCAGGUUAAAACAGAGUAAAUUGAAAAUGUACGCCUGCGCAAAGUUCGUCUCUACGCCGGCUCUGGUCCGUGCUGGCUCCCGGACUCUUUACAGACCCUUGUCUGCCUGUAUGAUGUCCAGGCCCGAGGUCAACACAGAGAACAAUGUAGCCCUCAUGCCACAGAGCCCCUUCGCCCAAGUAGCACUGAGAGGCUUCCAGUCCAGUGCUGUGAGCAGGGACAUCGACACAGCCGCUAAGUUCAUUGGUGCUGGAGCAGCCACGGUCGGAGUGGCUGGAUCCGGUGCUGGAAUUGGAACAGUGUUUGGCAGUCUCAUUAUUGGAUAUGCCAGGAACCCAUCUCUGAAGCAGCAGCUGUUCUCCUAUGCUAUCCUGGGAUUCGCCCUGUCUGAAGCCAUGGGUCUAUUCUGUUUGAUGGUUGCCUUCUUAAUCUUGUUUGCUAUGUAACAAAUCUAUUGUUCAUAGAAACACUGUAAUUACUGAUGUGACUACAUAUUUUAGUGUCUACCAAAAAUGUUCUGUGUUGGUAUCAUGGAAAUGUAUAUUUUCAAGUCAAAAUAACAAAAACAUGUUUUGUAAAAAUGUAAGAAAUUACAUCAUUAAAAUGCAUGUAUUUGAC